AGGCUAUUCAAUACACUACUAUACUGAGUCCUUUUGGAGAAGGCUAUUCAAUACACUACUAUACUGAGCCCUUUUGGAGAAGGCUAUUCAAUACACUACUAUACUGAGCCCUUUUGGAGAAGGCUAUUCAAUACACAAUUCAAAUAAUAUACCCGUGUGUAGCUGUGUUAUCUGUGUUCUUUUCUGUGGUAGAGGGUUUCAGUUGUCUACGUGGCCAGACAGAGAUAAAUCAGGCUAGAGUCUGAGUGUGUAAACAGGAACUGCUUCAGGCUAAGGAGGAAUGGGGUGGAAAUGGAGAGGAGUGAGGUGGACAUCAUGUCAUCAAUGUGACAAUAAAACUAACAAACUGAGGGCUGACCCAAGGGUGCGGAAGACAUGUGUUUUACGUAAUGGGCUUGGAGACGGUCAGACUGUACUCUGUGAUUGGGGUCAAUGAAGGUCUUUAGAUGUUGUGCUAUCUGACAUUCUGACCUGCCCACAAUUUAAAGCUUUCAUCUAGACUUUUACUGCUAGUCUUCGUUGAAAGUUGGUUUGGUGGAAGUUGGUGAGGGUGGAAUACCUAACCAACACAGUAGACACAAGAGAGGAGAGUCUCAAAUGGGAAGGGUUCUAUCAACAAUAUUAGAUUUGACUUUUGAUAUGUGAAAUGAUCACAUGUAAGACUGAAAUCGAUGACACGUCUGUUCUGAAACCCAACACACAGGGUGGAAGGUACGGGGCUGUUUUGACUGAGCACAUCAGUUUGGUGCUCGCCUACAUCUUGUGGAAAUGUCACGGUGAAGCUUAGCGCGCGCGCGUGUGUGGUUUGUACCAACAUGCAUUGCAGUUAGACACUACAUUGCACAUCGUAUCCUGUUGAAGUUACAGUUGCCAUGGCGUCACUGUUUACCGGAAGAUUUCGGUGAUACUAUCAAUGUGUCCCUGUGUGUAGCGGAAUAUAGUGAAUCAUGGAUGAGAGGCGGGAAGAACCUGAUGGCCAAGGCGUUGUACGACAACGUCCCAGAGUCCCCAGAGGAGCUGGCCUUCCGGAAAGGGGACAUCUUAACAAUCAUUGAGCAGAACACGGGUGGCCUGGAGGGGUGGUGGCUCUGCUCGCUACACGGCCGCCAGGGCAUCGCCCCGGGCAACCGCCUCAAGCUGCUGAUUGGUCCAAUGUUCGACGCCCAGUCCCCUAUCGCCCAAUCAUCACCUAUAGGCUCGGCCUACCAGCAGAAGGCCGUGUCAUCGUCCCAGGGGCUGUACCAGGUGCCCCCGUCCCUCCAGAGCCCGGGGCAGCAAGGGAUCUACCAGGUACCCCUGGGACAAGAUGUGUACCAGGUCCCCCCUCAGAGGAAUGCCCUGGCUGCAGACAACACCCCCAGCAAGGUGGUGAUCCCGACAGGAGUGGGACAGUCCUAUGCCUACAGCGCUGGUCAGCAUAACCAACAGGACCUCUAUGACGUUCCUCCAAUGAGACCACAGGGGGUGUAUGACAUUCCUCCUGGGAAACUGAUGGACUCACACUCUCCCGGACAACAUGGGAAUGCUCGUCCCCAAGGAGGAAUCUAUGAUAUUCCUCCAUCCACUCAAAUGGACCCUCGGACACAAGGGGUUUACGAUAUCCCUCCCUCCACACAAGGGGUGUACUCUGUGCCUCCCUGCUGGAACACCCCAGCCCUCCAGGAGGGGAACUACGAUUUCCCCCAGCCUCUCAAACAACACAAACAACAGGAGGGCAUCUACGACGUACCCCCUCCCACCUUUACCAAGCCCUCAGCCUCCCUGUCCCCCCAGUCCAACUAUGACUUCCCCCCCAGUUCCCAGCCAAUUGGCCCCCACCACCUCCAACGCCCCAUCGCCAAUGACAACGAGGGAAUCUACGACGUGCCGCCCCCCUCCCACCAGCUCUCUGGGGCGGUGCCUCGGGGGGACCUGUAUGACAUCCCCAGGGGGAUGCAGCAGCCCCCCUCCCAGCACCGCUCCACCCCCCAGGAGAGGGACAGGGGGAAGGGCCAAGGCAUAUAUGACAUCCCCCCUGCUCUGGGGGACGUGACUGAUGGGGUGAAUCGCCUGUCCUUCUCCAGUACGGGCUCCACACACAGUUCCAUGUCCACCUCCUCCACCUCCACGGUCUCCAGCGCUGAGGGCCGGCUGGCCCUGGAUGUGAACCAGGCCGUCCAGAGGCUGUGCCGCCAGCAGCAGGCGGUAGAGGCCUCAGUCGGGGCCCUGCAGAGCCUGGCCUCUUCCCCCCACUGGAGGACUUACCCUUUCAUGGAGCGCCAUACCAACGAGGUGCGCACCGUGCUGGACCGAGUGCGGGCAGCCCUGGCAGACUUUGUGGUGUUUGGGAGGGGUGCUGCGGCCAACGCCACUGCCCUGUCAGACCCCAGCCUGCACAGUAAGCUAAGGAGGCAGCUGGGUAGGCUGGAGGACUCCCAGCAGAUCAUCCUGCAGACCUACCAGAGCCUGGAGAACUGCGGCUGGGCCCUCAACACCGUGACCACCUCCAGCGCCUCCAAGCACCAGAUCAAGAGUGACGACCUGGAUCGCUUUGUCAUGGUGUCCAGGACGGUGCCCGACGACGCCAAGCAGCUGGCCUCCUCCGUGGGGGGUAAUGCUGAGCUGCUAUUUAGACGAGCACCCACCAUGAACGGGUCCUCCUACCCCAGGGGUGGUACGCCCGAGGAGGCCGUCAUCCACCCUCUAACCUCUCCACCCUCAGAUAGUGAUAACUACAGGGGCCACACCAAGCCCUUUCCUGUGCCCUCCAGCCAAGACAAAGGCAACAUGAACAAUAGUGAGAAGUGUGUUAAGAGCUGGAUGGAGGACUAUGACUACGUCCAUCUGCAGGGAAAAGAGGACUUUGAGCGUCAGCAGAAAGAGCUCCUGGAGAAAGAGAACAUCAUUAAACAGAGCAAGGUGCAGCUGGGACAGGAACAGAUGAACCAGUUCAAGCAAUUGGAGCAAGAGGUGAUUAAACCAGUGGAGAAUGACAUCACACAGUGGAUCUCCCACCAGCACCCGACAGGCCCCUCCUCCUCCCCGUCAGACACCUCCUCCUCUCCCUCCCCCUCCCUGACAGGAGGCAGGGCCCAGCUGUGUGGGCGGGACCGUCAGCUGCUGGGCUUCUACGCAGAGCAGUGCCAGCAGCACUUUGUCACGUUGCUCAAGGCCGUGGACGCUUUCUUCGGCUGCGUGGGCGCUGGUCAGCCGCCCCGCAUCUUUGUGGCACACAGCAAGUUUGUCAUCCUCAGCACUCACAAACUGGUAUUUAUUGGGGACACUCUGUCCAGGCAGGCAGCCACGCCCGAGGUGGCCAACCGGGUGAUGAACUCUAGCAAUGUGCUUUGCGACCUGCUGAAGACUGUGGUGGGAGCCACUAAGACGGCCGCGUUGCACUACCCCAACACAGCCGCCGUUCAGGACAUGGUGGACAGAGUCACGGAUCUCUCACACCACGCUCAACAGUUCAAACAACAGUUGCUGCAGAUGGCUGCUUUGUGAUAGUUUGUGUUGUCACUACCUGAUCCCUUCUAUUGCACCAUAGCAUCCUAUGUGUAUAUACCGUAUAUAUAUAUAUCUAUAUAUGUAUAUUGCUCGUUGUUAAUCUUAAGAGUUUUUUGGGGGGGGGCUGUUCUGUACAUAUUUGGCUCUAUUUCUGUGUAGAAUGUUUUUAUACACAGUAUCAGUCAAAAGUUUGGACACACCUACUCAGUCCAGGGUUUUACUUUAUUUUUACUAUAUUCUACAUUGUAGAAUAAUAGUGAAGACAUCAAAACUAUGAAAUAACACACAUGGG